AUGGGGGACUCGGCGGCGCAUCGAAAGAUUGAGUUGCAGACGCCAGAAGACCUUGCAUUCCUACUCGCGAAUGUGCGACGCGCUGCGGCUGCGCGCUUGGAUGAAGCGUUUCCGCCCGUAGAGGGAGCGGGUAGCGGCGGAGAGGGAGAUGAGUUACGGACGAGGAUUGAAGAGCUUGUUAAUGAAUACAUAACCAAAACAUUCACCUUAGCAGCCCCCAACCUCUCCAUCAACGGUCUUCCCGUGGACGCACAACACUUCCUCUCCGGCAACUCAACAUCUUCCGAUCCCCUACAACCAGAAGAAGUCUACGAACCCUUCGACGCACGCAAGCGCGCCCGCGUCGAGGACCUAACGCGCGAGGAAGAAGAUUUACUCCGGGACAUCGCCGCGCUCAAAAAAUCCGUUCCCCAGACCGCGGCAUCGGCGUGGGCGGACGCUGCGCGGAAGUCCGUGGUUGAAGAUGAACAGGCAUUGGCCGCGGUUAACGAGCGGAUUAACGCCGGUAGUAGUGGUCAAGGGGUAGAAAAUGAGGGAACGCUGCUUGGGGACGUGGGGAAGGGGUUGGAGAGACAAGGGGAUGUCGAGGAGAGCUAUGAGGAUGCGAUUCGUGGGUUGGGUAAGUUGAAGCGUGAGAUGCCGUCCGUGGUGGCGCGCAUGGAGAGGGCGAGGAGUGCUGGGGAGUAUGUUGUUACGGAGCGGUGAGGGGGAAGCAGGAAUCGGUGUACCUUUUGUGAGGUGGUGGGGGAAUAAAGGGGGAGGCAUGGAAAUGAUAGUCCCUGGUUGUUGCUACGAUCAUUAGGUGGGACUAACCCCCUAUUUAAGAUCGGCGCGAAGGUAUUGGUACGAUAGAGAAAAGGAAUACGAGAUAUGACUCUAUGCUGCAAGCUGGAACAAGUCUCGGAGAUGGUUAUGAGGUUAUUGCGUACAUAAUUGACUAGGCUUUAACAGAAGUACCUAGUUGCUAAGAAAUAGGCUUUAAGGGUAAAGGCCGAGCAUUUACUAAAUUCGAUGUAUCAUGUAGCAAGGUGAUGGAUGGUGCCUCAUAAUGACAUUAGUCAGGUCACUGAGUCCAUCGUGUAAGGCCACGGUUCACUUUUCAUGCAAUGAAAACAUCAGAUCAAAUGCGAUAGCCCGGAAACCGG